AUGACAGACGAUGAUUCUCAGUCCGCUGUUCUUGCGGCAAUCACAGCUCUCACAGCUCGCUUGGACGCUCAGAGUUUGGCGAUUCAAGAGCUGAAUGAACGUAUGGCUCAAGCCCCAGUUCUGCCGCAGCCUCCAGCUCCUGUUUUAGCACCCCCUGUUUUUGAUCGGGGCAGAGUUGAACCAGCCGGGAAUGGCGGAGGAAACCAUCGGAACCCGAGACUUGAUUUUCCUAAGUUUUCCGGCACUGAUCCAGCAGUUUGGCUCCAAAGGGCCAAUCAGUUUUUUGCUUAUUAUCAGACUCCUCAAGGGCAGAAGGUUCUUAUUGCCUCGUAUUAUAUGGAGGGCAGAGCGGCAGUCUGGACCCAAGAGUUCCAGAAUUCUGGUAUCAUACCAUCCUGGACGGACUUCGUUAGCGCCUUACAGACCCGUUUCGGUCCGGGUUUAUUUGAGGACCCAAUGGAGGAAUUGAUGCGUCUGCGACAGGUAGGCACCGUGGAUGAUUAUAUUUUGAAGUUUGAAGAGCUGGUGGUGAAAAUUCAGGGGCUAACUGAGGCCCAUAAACUGAGUUGUUUCUUGGGUGGUCUGAAAGAGGAGAUUCGGUUGCCGGUUAAAAUGUUGAUGCCACAAUCGAUUCUGGCGGCCCAAGCAUUGGCAAGGAUGCAAGAGGAGACUUUGCAAGCAACUAAACACUAG